GGCGGGAGAGGGUAAAUGGGAAGGAUCAGUGGGAAAAAAAGAAAAUAGCUGUGUUAAUAUUAAUUACUUUUUGAAAGUAUGCCCAGCCCACCCCCCCCCCAAAAAAAACCCUGAAGUUCCCGGAUUAGCUCGCUCUCUCACGUUGAACAGACCAUGUUUCCCGAGUUUGGAUAGUUUAGGGUGGGGUCAUUAGUUUGCUUCCCGAGGGGGCAGGGGGUGGAACUGAGGCAGCUGGGGCGGGGGCGGGUGACGGGGAAAUCCCCUCCCUGUCCCCGCGGAGACCGGGACUCACUGACCGACUCUCGGGCGGGGUUCGGGCCCUCUAGCCGCAGCCUGCGGGCGGAGCGGUGGCGGCGGCAGAAGAGGCGGCGGCGGCGGGGGCGCUGCUCGCAGCACGGGCAGGAGCCAUGUCAAGAGAAAACCACCAGCCAACUGAGCCCCUCCAUCCCCGCUGCAGUGCGCACUGUGACCGGGCCGCCCGCGCUGCUGCCGCCGCUCAGCCCCCACCUGGGACCCAUAGUCUGGCUCGGCGCCCCGGGCGGCGGCGGAGGGAAGGACGCGGAGGCGGCGGCGAAGACGAGAAAGAGGAGAAACGAGGUAGAAAGAGGGGUAGGAUUGGUACUGGCGGCGGAGGGGGAGGGGAGGAAGGGGAGGGGAGCCCUGCGCUAAGGGGUCUGUCAGCGAAGCAAACCCCCCAAAAGAAAGUUAUUUCAGUUCAAGCAUCUGCUCUCGAGUCUUUCUUCCCCCCACGGUCGGGUUCCGGCUCUCAGCAAGGAAGGUCGAGGAGACCCGGAGGGGGAAAGCCGAAGCGGAGGGUGAGCGUCCGCGGUGGCACAGCCUCGUUGCCCCAACCGCUGGCUGCGGAAACGGCGGCGGCCUCGCGCGCCUCCCGGGUCCGGGGCAGAGUCGCGUUUGAGAAGGGAAGCGAGAACAAACAACUUAAAAUGGCAGCGACGGCCGCUGCGUCACACGCCCCUCAGCGGCACCGCCCAGAACUCUCUGCGGCUGCGCACCGCGCGGGCCGCCACCACCUGCGCCGAACGAGGGGGAGGGGAGGCUGGAGGCGGAAAGUGUUUCGUGCCAAUCAAGCAGACAGGAAAGACGGGCAGGAGGAGAGGGCAUGA